AUGGCAGACGGCAAGCAGGUGUUAGGGAAGGUAACGAGCUGGCUGGGGCUGCUCACGGGGGCCUUCACCAUCAUAGUGUGGUGCUUCCUGUUGAACGCACUGAACCCCAAGAUCAAGGUUGACUCCGAAGAUGUGUUGAAUGACAUAAACAAGAUAUUCUGGCGCAGCGCUCUCUUUACAUUUGCGCCCUCUGUCUUCCUCGAUGUUUGGACUCCCUUUGUGAUGGGCAUGGUGUCAAUAUUAUGUCAUUUCCACGGCUUUGGCUUAACCUGGAUGUGCAAAACUUACAUCCACUUCUUCCUAUGGAAUUUCGUAUUGGCCCUUUUCGGCAACAUUGGCUACGCUGGAGGAAUCGGCAUCAUCUGCAGCGCCUUCUCCCUCCUCACGACUCUUCUCUCCCUUAUCUGUGUAUUUUUGUUGCCUAACCAGUGCCCUAAGCUCGACCUGCAGUCUCCCAAGGUCCCCACCAGAGGGUGA